CGGAGUUGCUUGAAUAAGUCAAAACAUCCAUUUCCCCACAUUUGUCCUAUUCCUGUCGGUAUUGGGGUGCGCAUGUUCAGACAACGGACUUUGACGAUGAGCUCGCACAUGAAAUAAGCGGCGACGAGCGACUGAUGUUCUGGAUCGAAGCACUCGGACUUCUCAAUGCAAUCGGACACUGACGCGGUUUUGUCAGUCUCGUUCUCAUCGGAUGGUACUCGCAUCGCGUCUGGUUCAAGGGAUCACACUGUGCGGCUGUGGAAUGCAGCGACGGGACAGCCAUUGGGUGAGCCCUUGAAGGGGCACACUGGCGCAGUCUCGUUCUCACCGGAUGGUACUAGCACCGCGUCUGGUUCGGAGGAUAAAACCGUGCAGCUUAUGAAAGCGCUGCCAUCCCCCGAGUCCACAGAGCCGGAUCCCUCUGCAUCUCCACUGCAUCGAAGUACUGCAUCUCCCACUCAAGAAAGCCGUAUCACCCCAACCAACAUUUAUGACCAUCCCCCCCAUUUCCUUCUCGCCCUGCCCAAUCCCGCUGACUUGCUCGAACCCACCUCUGAUCAUCAUUCUAAUUCAACCCCUUUCUUGCUGCAGCCUGAUGGAUGGAUCAUGGGACCCAAACAUGAGCUCCUUUUCUGGGUACCUCCCGCUUCCCGACACCUAUUUUAUUCUCCUGACACUGCAAUGGUGAUUCCUAGAGGAGCGUUGAACUUGAUUUGAGCUGCAUGGCACAUGGGACGCGCUGGUCGAGUUGCCGAGACGCCUCCACGUAACGAUGAUUUUAUUGCUGCAAUGUCGAGUGUACCAUUUGAUUCUAUGAUUCCCUUUCUAUUUUAUACCUAGCACUGAUCCUGAAUUUAUGGUUGUCCUACUGAACGAUGCACUGAAC